AUGCUCACCUUGCAGAAACACCAUUGUCGCGAUUGCCGGUAUCCGGUGUGCGGCAAAUGUUCGGAGCUUCGGAACAACGAGCGCCACUGCAAGAGCCAAGACAACUGCGAUAAGCGCACGCACCUCACGCUGCAGGUGAUGGUGAAGAACGGCGACGACGUGCGUCAGGACCAAAUGGUGAUGCAGAUGAUCCGCCUGAUGAACAAACUGCUCAACAACAUGAACCUCGAUCUCUGUCUGUCUCCGUACGCGGUGCUAGCGAUCAGCUCGUCGCAGGGAAUGCUGGAGAUGGUGCAGAACAGCAAGGCGCUGUCGGGAGUCAAGUCGAUUCGCGCGUUUUUGAAGGAAUGCGCGCCAACCUCGAACAAAGAAGAGAUCAACCCGCAAGUUAUGGACACGUACAUUCGAAGCUGCGCUGGCUAUGCGGUGAUCACGUAUCUUCUUGGCAUCGGCGAUCGUCACUUGGACAACAUUAUGAUCGAUGACAAAGGACACUUCUUCCAUAUCGAUUUUGGGUAUAUUUUCGGCCAAGAUCCGAAGGUGAAGGAGGCGAGUAUUCGCAUCACGAACGAUAUGAUCGAUGGAAUGGGCGGAAAGAACAGCAAAAACUAUCAGUUGUUCUUGGGAUACGCGUUCCAGGCCUAUCAUAUCUUGCGACAGAACGCGUUGUUACUGAUUACGCUGCUUCGGUUGAUGCUGGAUGCAAAUAUUAAGGACUGCAAGCCGGAGUUCCUGGAUCGGAUGAUCGCUCGGUUUAAUCUUUCGAUGACGGAUGAGGAGGCGGAGAGUGAUUUCAAGAGAGUUCUGGAAGGCUGUAUUGGUGAUAUUUUUGUCGGAAUGUUAGAAAUUGCUCAUAAUAUUGCCACUGCUAUGAGAUAA